AUAGCUAGCUAGCGGUCCGUGUGCAGCCUACUAGCCGUUAGCUAAUUGUAGCUAGCUAGCUAGAUGAUGUGUUGUAGUAGGCUUGGAAAUAAUCAUAUUUGCCGAAAGACAUUGAAAAUGGAAGGAUCGUGUAACAUUUGCACGUUGCACCGGGGAUAUAUUGCAACGGACGUAAUUUUUAGAGGAUAACCUGGAUAACCUUAGCUACAUGAAAUGUCAUAAACUAGCCGCGGAGUUGGAGGGACCCACAACCCCCUGAACAGCUAUAUUGAUGGAGAAAUGUCCUCCAAGACGAUAGCAAAUAUAAUACUGCACAAGAUUUAGCGGAAUUAUUUUAGUCUGCUAUCUUGUCUCUAUAUCUAGUCUGUCAAGCAAAUAGUAGAGGGGUCAUUCCGAGAUUGCUAGCUACUUAGUCAAUGAUGAGAUAGCUAACUGCUGCCAGUGCUGGUGAAGAAAUCACAGCUGUUUUGGCAUCUGCAAACAACAAGACUGGCUGUGUCAGACAAACCUUCGGCCUUGUCCAGAAAUACAAGAUUUGUGAAACUGGCACAAUACAUACAUUUGUGAAACUGGCACAACUGUAAACAAGGACAUUUGAGCAGUCUGUAUCGAAGUGAGGAUAAUUUUUCCUGAUCAUCGAGAUCUGACAUAACUAUAAUGAGGAAGUUUUUUGAUUCAUCUCGUCGGGAGUUGGUCAGUUCUGGACCUGGUUCUGGAGGGGGUAGCAGUGGAUCCAGCCAUGCAGGUGGCAAUUUAAUUGGUCGUUCAUGUACUAUUGGGCGGCACCAAGUCACUAUUGAAGAAACAGUGGCCGAAGGGGGGUUUGCCAUUGUGUUCCUGGUACGAACCAGCCAGGGGCUCCGCUGUGCUCUCAAGAGGAUGUAUGUCAACAAUGAGCACGACCUACAGGUGUGCAAGCGAGAGAUCCAGAUUAUGAAGGACCUGGUCGGCCAUAAGAACAUCGUUGGCUAUCUGGACUCUAGUAUCACCACUUGUGGAGGAGGAGAUGUGUGGGAAGUGCUCAUCCUCAUGGACUACUGUAAAGGAGGCCAGGUGGUGAACCUGAUGAACCAGCGUCUGCAGACAGGCUUCACCGAGGCAGAGGUACUGCAGAUCUUCUGUGAUACGUGUGACGCUGUGUCUCGACUGCACCAGGGCAAGACACCCAUCAUCCACAGGGACCUUAAGGUGGAAAACAUCCUGUUACAUGAUAAGGGUCACUACGUGCUGUGUGACUUCGGAAGCGCCACCAAUAAGUUCCAGAACCCACAGACCGAAGGAGUGCCAGUAGUCGAUGAGGAAAUAAAAAAGUACACCACUCUGUCAUAUCGUGCUCCUGAGAUGGUAAACCUCUACAACAGCAAGAUUAUCACUACUAAAGCUGACAUAUGGGCGAUGGGCUGUUUGCUGUAUAAGCUGUGCUACUUCACUCUACCCUUCGGGGAGAGCCAGGUGGCCAUCUGUGAUGGCAGUUUCACCAUUCCGGACAAUUCCCGCUACUCCUACGACCUGCACUGCCUCAUCCGGUACAUGCUGGAGCCCGACCCUGACAAAAGACCUGACAUCUACCAGGUGUCCUACUUUGCUUUUAAACACGCUCGUCGGGACUGCCCUGUUCAGAAUGUUAAGAACUCUCCAAUUCCUGCUCAACUCCCUGAGCCGAUCAAAGCCAGCGAGGCUGCUGCAGCGAAGAAGAGCCUGAGCCAGACACAGAGUAAGGCCAGACUGACAGACCCCAUCCCCACCACUGAGACCUCCAUCACGCCCCGGCAGAGGCCCAAAGCGGGCCAUGCCCAGCCCAGCGCUGGGAUCCUACCCAUCCAGCCGGCUGCCCUCACCCCUCGCAAACGGGCCAACCUACCUGCCGGGGGGGCCCUUCCUCUUGGAGUGAACUUAAACCUUGCCCAGCAAGCGGCAGCCCUCCAAUCACAGAAGGCACAGAACACAGCUCCACUUCAGCCAGCGACUGGCCAAUCACAUAGCCCUCCCAGUGAGGCCAUACCCCAGCUGGGUGGAAAGCCCCAGGCUGGUGCUCAGCAGAAGCAGCCAGGACAGUUGCAGCAGCAGCCUAUCGCAGCAGUGGGAGGAGUCCCACCUGUGCAGACCAAGGCGGAGGCCCCGAGCACCCCUCAACAGGCCUUGCCUCUCCCGGUGGCCAGUCCUUCCCCUCAGAAGGCCCAGGCUCCGUCCAGCCCAGCCCCACCCAAAGCCCCAGCACGUCGUAAGCAGGCCAGCCAGAGCCAGGCCCAGCAGCAACCAUCCGCUCAGCCUACUCCAGCCCAUCCUCCAGCUGCACAGCAGCCUAUAGCUCGGCAGCAACCAGUUCCUCAACAACCAGUUGCCCAGCAACCAGUAGCUCAGACAGAAGCGGCCCAGCAUCCACCUGUCAAGACCCAGUCCACCCCUGCCAAGACCAGUCACAACACAGCUGAGACUGAGACGGCAGCAGAGCGCACCCCGAGUAACGUUACCCAGCAUGCAGUCGGUGGGCUACCUGGAAGUAACUCCGGCCUACUACUGCAAGAGGCCACAGCAGAGGAUGACCUCAACCAGUUAAUAUCUGUCGGUAAAACUCCACCCAAUUCCACCCGGUCCCUUCAGCAGAGUGUGUGUGAACCAGCACAAGAUGGCAACUUCGCUGCCUUUGCCCAUUCCCCUACCCUUGGCCCUGCCACCGGUUCCCCCACGCAGCCCGCCUGGAACCCUUUUGGUGAUGAUGACUUCUCCAAUCUCGGUGCAGAGCAACUGAUUAACAAAGACCUGGUUGAUGAACAGGCUGAUGACGUGGCUGCAGAAGAAGAGGUGGAGACGGCCCCCACAGAGGAACUGAUACCUGGCCUGCUGGAGGUCUCCUCCCCUGGGGAAACAACCCCCCAACCUGCUGUAGAGCAAUCUGAAGACAUCCUUGGACUGGAUACAGGAGAGUCUUUGUUGACUGUUCCGGUCCCUUUCAGCACCCUAGCACUCUCAGACACUCCAGAUCACUUGCUUGGGGAGGACUCUCUGAUGGGUUGUUCUCUCAUCUCUCCCCCUUCUGGAGCCUCCUCUCUCUCCUCUGCUCCCGCUUCUGCUGCCUUUAGGUCUGUUCUGGAAGAGUUUGACCUGGCAUCUGGGGGUUCCACCCAGUUUCUGUCAGGUAAGGCUCUGUUUCCAAAAUCACACGCCCACAACAAGCCCAAACUGAACCACUUAGUCCUACAAUUGGAGAGGCAGGAGUGCUGCCACUUAUACUUGAUGUGUACCGUAGGAACAAAUGGUUUGGUUCUCCCUGUUAGGAAGCUAGCUGUUCUCCCUGUUAGGAAGCUAGCUGUUCUCCCUGUUAGGAAGCUAGCUGUUCUCCCUGUUAGGAAGCUAGCUGUUCUCCCUGUUAGGAAGCUAGAUGUUCUCUCUGUUAGGAAGCUAGCUGUUCUCCCUGUUAGGAAGCUAGCUGUUCUCUCUGUUAGGAAGCUAGCUGUUCUCCCUGUUAGGAAGCUAGCUGUUCUCCCUGUUAAGACAGACAACUACACUAGCAGGCUACUGACUUGCAGUCUAACUCUAACCCUCUGCAGUUGUGUGGCACACUGCUCUCUAACUCGCCUUAUCUGCUUCCUCCUUUAUCUCUCUACCUUUCUGACAUUUCUAAUUCUUCCUUUAUACUCUUGGUUGUGCUGCUUGCUUUACUCAAUGCUUGUCCCAAACACCUUAACCUCCCCUUCCCCUUCCUCCUUUCUCGGCUCCAUCUUCUGCAGACUCCUCUGAUCUCCUGAUUCCAGGCUUUGAGCCUCCGCCCAGUGCAGAGAAAGGCAACAAGGAUGAGUUUGACCCCAUCCCUGUCAUGGUCUCCUCCCAAGGUAAGCCCAGUGGGCUUCCAGCCUUCACACUGAGGCAGGGACAGGCAGGGAGUCUCUGUCCUGUCCCACUGAGAUUGCCAUUCAUACCUAAACCAGGGUCAGAGGAACUCUGGGAUUUGAUUCCGGUCAAUGUCCUCAGUAGUGUAUUAAACCCUGCUCCCCCUUCCCCUUGUAGAUUCAUCUGAGUAGCCAUCCUCGCUCUGUGUAGUUAUUCCUUAACACUCUUAGAUUGUAUCUGGAGAGAAAUUCCUCUUCCUGUCUUUCUCUGUCUUCUGUAACCUUAUCUUCUCUCCCUCUUUUCCCUGGCAUCUGUUCUUUCUUACUUACCUCCCUUGCUUUUCCCCCCUGUCCCCCCUGCUUCGCCUUGGCCCACCUCCCUACCGCCCUCCUCUCUGUCCGGACAGUUUCAGGAGGCCACUCUCGAAGUAACAGUGGCAGCUCUGAGUCCAGCCUUCCCAGCUUGACCCGCUCCCUGCUCAUGGUGGACCAGCUCAUCGACCUGUAGAGGGUGGUGGGGAGCCGGGACACUAAAUCGAGGGGGAGUGGGGGGAUGGAGAGACGAGGUAGAAGUAUUGAUGCUGGAGAGGAAAAUAGACCCCACCAUUAGUCGUUAUACCCCUACACCAUUCAUCACCAACGCUUGUUCCAUGGGAACUCCUGCUGUCAUUCCGAACGCACUGGGCCAUAGAGUUCUAGAACCAUAAUCAUUGUCCUGUCUGUGUUUGUCCCAUCAUGCCUCUGACAUUGAUUCCCGUCAUGUCCACCACUUUUCUUCUACCCCCCUCUGCCCUCUCAUAUCAUGCUCUCACAGCAUUUAGGCCUAUGUUCUGUUGCCUUCUGCGGUCAUCAUGGCAAACAAGUUCAUGGCACACUGCUUCUAACUUUUGCAUUCAUGGCACCCUAACAAUAUAACUUUUGCUUUCACGACACACUAACUUUUUCUAGCUUUUGUAUUUGUCACUCUAACUUGAUCCAAGAGUUCUUCUUUCUGUAGACCAGGGUCAAAUGUUUCACCAUGUUUUACUCCUAUCUCUCUGGUCAGUCUUGUCCUGUAAGCAACCAGAUAAUUCCACUCUUGUUGUUAGUAGAUGUUGUUAUGGUGGACAAGUAGAUGUUUUGUCUCCUGCCUUUCUCCAGGGUUAUAUUUCACUUGGAUUAUUAUUUGCGCACAUUUGGUAACAAUAUCAAAACAUUGAUUUCUUCUAAACAUUUUGAGUUGUACUGUAGAACGUUGCAAAAUUGGUUGUCUGUCUGCCAAUUUAGUUUUCCACAUUCCAGUGGCUGAGUUGUCAGGGAUUGUGUUUUAACCCUUAGCGUGAGGUAUCAUAGCCGGCGUGAUGGGAUAGAUGUCAUAUCUAAAAUGACAGAUUUUGAUAAAAAAUGACUGAUUACUCCACCAGCUGGUCCAGAGGUUGAGCCUCCCUGUGGACGCAUCCUCCCAGCUGCCAUUAGCAGAGCACUGUAAGAGCCACCAGGCAGGUUACCUGUCUAUGGUCAAAAUGAGGUAGGAAGUUAUUCAAAAAAGUUACAAGUUAGCACCAACAUACUUUUUAAAGCCUACAUUAACAUAAAUAUGGAGCUAACAUUCCCAAAGGAAGAAGCUAAGAUUUAAAAACACCAGCUUGGCUAGGGACUCAGCUGCACAUUGACAACAUUGAUGCUUUUCUAAAGAAUUUGCUUGUUUUCCUCUCGUUGACCUCUCUUUAGCCUGACUAUACAGACAGUCGGUCAAUAUCAUCCCUUUCAUUUCAGCCUGUUUGUGCCCACGCAAUCCUUUCAUUCUAUUCAAACAUGCAUUCCCACAGAAAGUCCAUUCCUACUUGUACAUAGAUCCUAUAUUCCAGUCAUUUAUCGGCCCUACAUAAUGUAUGUAUAUCUGCAAUACCCACAGACUCUGAUCCAGUGAUCAUACGUGUGGUUCCUCUCGUGUAAAAAGUUAACGUUACAAAACAUGUAUGUCCUCUGUUACUCAUCGGUCAUCAUAGCUUACAUUGUGAAAAAAAUAUAUAGAAAAGUUUAUUUCAUAUACAGCUAAUAAUAAAUGUGAAUAUGAAUAGAGUGUUAGAGAAUGAAUGUAUGAAAUUAAUAUCAUUAUAAAUAAAGAUUCAUAUAUUUAAAUAUAAUUCUUAAGAUGACUAUUAUAGACGAAUACUUUGUUUUUCCUGUGCAGCUGUGUUUUUUCCGCCAUAUUUCUCCCCAGAUUCCUAUUGUGACAUUAUCAAAACAUACAGUUAUGACAGUCUUAGCUUUGAUCUGUUGUUGAGGGUUGGGUAGGAUUUCUCCUUCAAGUAGUGUCUAUUAACUUGCCUUGACCUAAGGAGGGUUUUAUUGCAAACAAACUAGUUUGUUGUACAUUGGGACCACAACCCAGGGAGCUUUACCAUGUCUUAUACUGUACCAUACUUAAUCACGCUGUACAAAGGCAGAGAACUACAGUCUUUGCUGAAAUAGUGCUCUACAAAGCCAUGCUUUCUCCACGCAGAUUUUACAUGAUCAAAAAGAUGCAUAUCGAAGCCUGGCCGUGUUGUUGAAUGUUCUGUUCUGGUGUGUUGGUAGACAGUGUUAUCAUCGGUGUGUGAAUGUGUGAACAUACAGUAAUGGAACUCCUAGCCAGUCUGACUCGUUGGAUGUGAUGCGGUUGUGUUGUUGUCUAUCCUCGCUGCAAUAAGUGACAUCAACAGUGUUGUUUGUGUUGACUUCGUCACAUUUGAAAAGCACAGGCCCUCUUAAAUAGCGCUGAGUCACUCUGUUGCCCAUAGAGGAAGCCACUGUUUUUGAGAGUAGAGCACAUCAGUGUCUCUCUGAGUGGACCACUAGACUCAGUGAUCUGACUGAGGAAAGGAAUAUAUUGGUUAUUAGACAGAGAGGGGCAAGCCCUACACAGGACUCAACACUAUGACCACAUACACGUCAGAUCCUAUGAAGACAGGAAUGCUCACUAUACAUUUCAAGGAAUUACAGAUAAUUGCUCUACUACAGUUUUCCAAACAAUGCAUGCCAAGCAACAACACUUAUUGGCAGUAUUCUGAAAUUCAAUGUUGUGUCACAUCUAUCUCAGGCUGAAGUUCACAUCUUAUCCCCUCCAUUACUGUACAGUCUAGUCAUCUGCAGAUACUCAUGAGGCUUUUGACCUAUGCAAUCUUUGCUUCUUCCUGUAGACACCACUGUGCUGUUGUUCUUGGUAAAGGUAUUGCCCUACAGGUAGUUCAACUUGUGUUGUUGUGAAAAAGAGAACCUUCAUGUUGCCCAGUUGUUUUUGCUAAAAGUGGAAAAAGCUGUUUCUGAUGACCAUUGUUCUCUUGAAUGUUCUGGAUCUCUGUCCGUCUAUAUGACACCUAAUCCUGCGUCAGCGCUGUCAUUUCUGUGUGCACCUUCUAUUUUUGUGAGAUAACUAAAGAAUUACAAAGA